UUGGGACCAGACGUUAUAUCUGCUGUCCACGAGCUGCACUGCUCACAUAAAAAGCUGCCCAUUGUCUUCAGCAGCUGCUGUUUGACUCUGCAGACGCCCGUCCACAGGAGUCCAACAGACCCGGAGCCAUGAAUCCCAAAGGGGAUAAGCCAAAGUCGAAGAUUUCGGCUUCUCGCAAGCUCUCCCUGAAGAUGCUUCUCCUCACGAGAGCCUGUGAGGACUUGGAGCGGGAGAGGCAGGAGAGGGAAGAACAGAAAGUCCGCUAUCUAGGAGAGAAGUUGCCACCUUUGCAACUGUCUGGUCUGCCACUGGAAGAGCUGCAAAAUCUAUGCAAACAGCUUCAUUCAAAAAUUGAUGUUGUGGAUGAGGAGAGAUAUGACUGUGAAUCCAAAGUGAACAAACACAACAAAGAUAUCCACGAGCUGAAGCUGAAGGUACAGGACCUUGGAGGCAAGUUCAAAAAGCCUGCCCUGAGGAAGGUGAGGGUGUCUGCAGACGAGAUGAUGAGAGCUCUCCUGGGCUCCAAACACAAGGGCUCGAUGGACCUCAGAGCCAACCUCAAGUCUGUGAAGAAGGAGGACGUCAAACAGGACAAGGUGCUCACUAGUGAAGUGGGUGAUUGGCGUAAGAACGUGGAGGCCAUGUCAGGCAUGGAGGGCCGCAAGAAGAUGUUCGACACAGGCGGCGCAGCACAGUGAGGAGUCCUGCAAGUGAUGAAUCUGGUCAACUAAGAGCAGGGAAGAGGAAGUUGACAGAAAUAUGGAAUCUGAAGGCUAAAUGGCUUGAAAGCUGUAGGAAUAAAGCAUGAGCUCAUGAGCAUGUAUGACAGCCGUGUCUCCAUUUGCUUGAUGGCCAUUUCCUGUGCAAUGACUCAAAGCACUUAAAGUACUGAUUAGGUUGAUUAGUGAUGCAUUGUUUUGUUUGUUUUUUUAUUACCAAAAUGUUUGUUUUGUUAUGACAUAUUCAGACAAUUACAUUAGGAGAGAAAUAAAAAAAGACACUGAUUCAAUGCCCUG